CCGACCUUGACCUGGGGGCAAUCAUACGAUACAAGUGGCUGUGGCAUAACUUUGAUAUAAAUGUGCCUAAAUAGGAACAUGAUGAAGUGAAAAUUGACAAAUCACAUUCCAAACACAGAGGAUUAUCCUUUCAUGAUGGUAUGGAUGAUAGUGGGUAGAAUUGUGAGGAAACAUGAUUGACCCAGGUGGACAUAGGUCAUCUGAGAUUCUCAGGCCCUUGCUAUGCUGUGACAGGGACUCUCUUGUCUGCUCCAUAUCCUUCACCAUCAGCCAUGAGUUCCUCAAAGUUGACAGAUUUACUUUGUAAAGGCCAACAUGACAUCGAUCCAAAUGAGAAUUGCAAAACUCUGACAGAAAAUACAGAUAAUAGUCGGAAGGGGCUGGCAUCAUUUAUGGUCUCUGUUACGGUGAUGCGAAAACGUAGGACCUCUCCGCAAGUUUUACUGAAAGCUAGCAUUACGACAGUUUUGGUGGUGACUAUAGGAUUCAUUAUACUAUAUACAAUUCUACUGAAGUAUUUCUCCAACACUGUGCCUUAUGUGCCUGAGGAAUGGGAGCGGAUACACAAUCAGUACCACGCCCACCACAGACCAAAACUUAUACCCAGGCCUAUGGACCUAGACCCAAGUAACUUUGUGACUUCUGAAAUAAUAAAUAAACCUCCAAAAUGGAAUAUAUCAGAUUAUGAUUUUGAUAAUAAUUUACAAAAUACCAAACUAUGUAGACAAAAAUAUCAGUAUCUAGUUAUCAUAGUAUCUACUAGAACUGAAUUUGAUCGUCGCAUUGCAAUCAGAAAUUCGUGGUGUCGGCCUCAGAGGUACAACCUGCCUCUGGAUGCCUGGGGAUGUGUGUUUCUAUUAGGAGUUGGCUCACAACACGAACCCAACAGUGAUAUAGUGGAUAGGAGAAUAGAUCUGGAAAUAAAAACUUAUAAUGACAUACUCAAAGGCAGCUAUAUAGACUCUUACAGGAAUCUCACCUAUAAGGUUCUUCACGGACUUCACUGGGCCAGCAAGUCAUGUCCUACAGAGUUUGUACUGAAAACAGAUGAUGAUUGUUUUGUCAAUACUCACCUGUUACAUAUACUCAUUCUUCACCAUAGAGAUGCUAUGGACCUGUACAUAGGUAGUGUGUCUAAUAAACAACAUGAGGUCCUGCGAGACCCCAACAGUGUGUGGUAUGUGUCAGAGGAGUUGUAUGGAGAAAAUUUUUAUCCUAGGUAUGCCAGCGGGGCUGGCUACCUUCUGUCUGCCGAUGUCGUUACAAGACUUAUAGAUGUUAGCAGGUAUAGAAUACCCAUUCCAAAUGAGGAUGCAUACAUAGGAAUCCUUGCACAAGACAUUGACGUUAAACCUCUACAAAGCGGCCGGUUCACACUGAUGAGUCUAGGUUGGACCCUGUGUAAUUACCUCUACCUAGUGGUAAUCCACAAGGUCCUGCCUGACCAACAGGGAGGCAUGCUCAACAACACCAUCAGAGCCAGGACUAGUCACAUGUGUACACCAACACCCAACGAGCAGAGACUCACCUGGAACUAGUGCUUCGUUGGUUUGGAUCGACAGAUUUGAUAUUGCUGUGACUCUAUAUGUAGCCUCCAGAAUCUAUAAAUAUUGUAUAUAUAGUUAUAAUUAAUUAAACCAUGAAUUCAUGGGUGAAUUUGUACUUAGUUGAUCAUGACCAGACCACAGGAUUGAGAUGGACAGUGAGGAAGUCCCUGUAGAUCAUAGGUUUUCACAAUUACUGUAUACAACAACUAAGAGCUGAUCAUGUCCUUAUUGAUAUAACAUACAAUGGGUUUGACAGUUCAUUUUACACUUUAAGCUUGAAAACAAAAUUGUAAAUUUUUUUGCUGUAUUUGUUUUCGUUAGAUUUGAGUUUGACAUUUUCUACGUUGUUGUGUUAGUGCUGGUGUAGUUGACUUAAUAGUGUUUACACUGAUUAAUAGGGUUUACACUGAUUAAUAGGGUUUACACUGAUUAAUAGGGUUUACACUGAUAAAUAGGGUUUACACUGAUUAAUAGGGUUUACACUGAUUAAUAGUGUUUACACUGAUUAAUAGGGUUUACACUGAUUAAUAUGGUUUACACUGAUUACUGUGACUAGGAAUAGAUUGUGAUGUAUAGAAAUACUUUUUUAUUUCCUUUUCUAAUUUUGGUAAUCAGCAUCUAACUUCCUGUUGAAACUUAUGAGUGACUGAAUGACAGGAUGUGAUUAAAAGGAUUCCAUAACAGUAGAUAUUCAUCAUAUUAUGAAUGUCAUUACUUCGAUAGCAUUUGCAUAAUAUAACUGCAAUCUCCGGAUCUCCUAAGAUUUUUCAGUGUUUUUUUUUUUUUUUUUAUUGUAUGAAAUACAACAUAGAUUUAUGGUAUACAUGUGUUUAGGCUGUUUUACUUUCAGUGGAAUGUUGAUUUGAAUCAUAUUAAUGAUUUAUAUCUAAUUAAAGUUACUUAGAUGAAGUCCUCAGAUUGGUACACUAGACUUUUUGUAGUGACAAUGUGGUAAUCUUAUGUUCGUUUGUACCAGGUAAUCCUGUAGCCAUAUUUUUAAGUUUAAAGUUCAAUGAAUUGUUAUAUUAUAAGAAUGAAAAUUAAGGCACACAGCCGAUUAGAUAUGUUAAUGUGUGUGGUAAAAGGCACAUAGCCAGAUUGUGUUCAUGACUAUAAACAAUGCAUCACAUGUCUACAUCAUUAUUUUCUUUUGUGUGAAGUGUAGUUUAGUAGCUUAGGAGUUUGUUUCAUAUCCAACAUAGAGUCACAAUGGCUUUCCUGUACAUGUCAAUAAGAUCUGAAUGAAAUGUGAUAUUUGAAUGGUAAGAACGAUGAUAUAUUGAACCAUAAACCGUAAGUGACAGUAGCCAAAAUGUAGUGUAAAUGUAAAACCUAAGUUAGUUAUUACAACAAAUCAAAGUGUAGCUUCAGUAGAUUUACUGGUAAGCAAAAGAAGUGAUCACCUUAACAUAGUAGAUUAAAUGGCUUAAAGUGCUAAAUGAGGAUUAAUUUUUUUUUUUUUUAAGAUUUGUUUAGAUAUUUUUAAGAGGACAAUUGCAUUUAGAUAUACUUUACAAUGUACAAAGUGUAUAACGGUUCCCAGAGUUGUGUUUUAUCCUCAUAACUUACAUUGAACUUUGAUGUCCUACAGAAUUACAUGCACAGGCCCCAGAAUGCUUUAUUUAGUACUACUGAAACCCAUAUCUUGAUUCAAAUUUUUUUAGCUUUUACUACACAAAUUUUUGUUGUUAAUUGUUUGUGACCUAGUGUAAGUUGAUGUACAGUUUACUGGUAUAUUUGUUUUUACAGACUAAUCUGUUGUGUAGUUUAGUGUGGUUUGCAAGGGGUUUUUAUAUUAACUAUUUCUACAUUACAAACUUCACCAGUCUAUCCUGUAAAGUACUCACUUAUUGGUAGAUCUUUGUUUGAGGAAUUUUGUCACUGUACCAGUCAAUAUCUCUCUCUGCUUCCAUCCUCUAUCAUCUAGUCCCUAGCUCUUGCAUGUGUUUGUUGAUCAAGUUAACUAUUAUGAUACAUAUAAUUUUGCAAUAUUUUCAUAAUUUUAUAACUGAUAUUGGUCUGUUGCAUACUUUUUAACAGUUACAUAGUAAGUGGUAUUAGUAUGCAUGUUUUCUACACGAAGUUGUGAACUUCAAAUUUGGUUAUAUUUUAUAUACUCAUCUGUGUACUAAACACAAGAAGCUAUGUAACCUAUAUAAAAUCUGUGAUUCUCAUGAAACUGAGGUCUAGUUUCACUCCAUGGAAACUUUAUCCAAUACAUUUCAUAGGAAUUCAAAGGAUUUUAUAUCUGGUGAUUAUGUGCACAAAAUUAAUGAAUUUAUGAGGCCAGGAAUCUCCUCCAUUGAUCUAUUCUGUGUGUACUGACCAUACGUAUCGUAAACUUUAUACUGAGCACGUAUCAUAUACUUUAUACUGUAGGAAGUGUUUGGAUCUAUGUCGAUACAUAAUCGCUGAUCUCAAUUUGUUAAACGUUACUUUUUUUGUGUGGUCAGGACACUAAAACACCUUAACAAUAAGGGUAUGUUAAAGACUUAGGCUGUUAUAAACAACAAUUUUUAAUCAAAAUACUAAUAUAAGUACCAAGGGGAUGAGAAAGACUUUAAGUUGGACAGGAACACCAUGAUCCAGUUUUUUGAUAACAAGUUUUUCAUGUACAAGGGCCGUAACUCUUUCAGCACUAACAAGUUCUGUAAUGCUUUUAUUAAAAAUUAUGUAUCUCAUGAUCUAAGUUGAUUUCUACUGGAGUUCCUUUGUAAUAGAUUUGUUAUAUAUUAAUGCUUAUGUCCGCUAUUGUUUGCUACAGUAUACCUUGCUUUGUUAUAAUUUUAACUUGGACUCUAGGUCAUUAUUAGUAUAUUAGAUAUGUGUUAAGUUUUUACAUGGUGAUAGGACUUUUGAAUCAUGUGUUUGUUUGUAAACAGGUGUAGGUGAUGAAGUGUCCAAUUUCAACUAAUUCUGAGUGGACAUUUAUGCUUACCUUUUUAUGUGACCCUUCUGUAACUUGAAAGUAACUUGUUUUAUAUAAAGAUUUUAAUUCAUUGUAAAAGCCCCAGGCAUUUGAUGUAGUAUACAAAAUUUAAUGCAAACUUUUCUCCAUAACUCACUUUGAUGCUGUAGAAGAAACAAGGGUUUAUAUAAACAGCAGUGUAGUCAAGUCAAUUUUGUAGCAAGGAAAACUACAUAAAUAAAGUACAUCUUUGCAAAGUACAAAUCUGCACACACACUAGUAAAAUACGUAUAGCAUACAUCUUUCAGAAAAUAAUGUAAAACAAGGAUAUGUACGUACAGUUGGGAUAUGUUGCUGGUGUUUGUUUACAUUGAUGUUAUUAUCAUUCCUGGCAACUACAAACUAUUGGAUAGUGUGGUUCCUUGUUUGGAGUAGCCUAAUUCGUGGAACUUUACCCUGUGGGACCCAAGAAAUAAGUUCAUUUUGGUCAUAAUUCUAUAUACAUAGAGCUCAAUAUUCAUGCAGCAAUUCCUUGCCACCGAGCAGGGAUGAUUAUAUGAAGGAUUGGCAGGAGUAUGUAAAUUAAUAGUAAACAGUGUUUACUGUAGUCACCAUUGUUUCAUCAAGUCUCCUCUAGUCUCGGCUUUCAUUUCUACAUAAUUGUCAAUUAUUCCUGUGACAAUAUUGUGAUUACAUACAUUUAGUGUAGUGUUGGUCUACAAACUGUGAUAAUGAGUUGUUAUUCAUUUUCUCCAUAAUUUUUCCACACAUACAUAAUAUAUAAAUGUAUAUAUAUAUAUGUUUACCAUCAAAGAGUCAUUAUAAGGCAUUUAUCAUGCAUGUUUAAAACAAGUCUUUGGUAUGAAACGUAUCUGAAGAUCUUCCACUUUUAGAUCAUAACAAACUAAGCAUUAACAUUUUGUACAGUGGUCAAAAAUAAGUUUCAGUUUUAAGAAUAAGAUUGGUGGAUUUAUUUUAAGUACAAAGAAACAGAAAAUGUCUCCUGAAUGAAAAAUUGUUUUAAUUUUCUUAUUGUUUUCGAUUUGAUGUACUAGAUUUUAGUGUUUCCCAAUUAUUUGCAAUAAGCAGAGGAUGUAAUUUAAAGUUUGUGUCCAUUAUAUAAAGUGCUUCAUCAUAUAAAGUGCUCCUUGCAUGUAACGUUUAUAUAAGGCUAAAAAUAUCUAUUUGUAUUCGGAAUAAUUUUUGUUUGCCAUUCAGUGUAGCCAGCAUUAUGUGUGUAGUCACUGGUGUUUAUUGGUACAGCUGAUACAGUGUAGUUUUCAAAUAACAUUGUGCCGUGUCUAAUUUUGUGGUUUCACUAUCAAGGUUGUAUAGUAAUUUGAUAUAGAGAGAAAACCACAAAAAAUAACACUGAUGAAAAUAACCCUGUACACAGAACUGAUUUUUGAACUGUGUUAGUUCUGUAGCUUGGCUCGUUGUCUCAAGUAUUCAUAUUACAGUGCUAUUUUUGUAUACCAUGUCAUUAAGAUACAAAAUUUUGUUACAAAGGAUAAGAAUUUCAUACAGAAUAUCUUUAAUGUCAGGAGUUAAAACCCAAGUUUGAGUGUCGGAUAAUUAAAAAUAAAUUGUAGUUGGUGCAGGGAAUAUAGAAAGACUGGCAUGUAGUCUAAAUGACAUCUCAUUCUAUAGUGAUAUCAUGCUAUCGUUUUCUGCUCUACAUUUCUGCUGAUCAGAUAUAGAAAAAUUCUACUCAGGUUAGAAUGUAGAGGUCCAGUUUGUUGCUUUUGAUAUUAGCAUUGGCCACCAAUUUUAAACAGAAUUUUUGUAGUAGGAGAAGCUGCUUUGAUAUCAAAGUUUGGGAAAAGUUUUUUAUCAUUGUGAAUUUGUUAGUAUUUGACAAUACUGAUUACCCGACAAUGUCUGGACUGUGACAAUACUGAUUACCUGACAAGGUCUGGACUGUGACAAUACUGAUUACCUGACGAGGUCUGGACUGUGACAAUAUUGAUUACCUGACGAGGUCUGGACUGUGACAAUAUUGAUUACCUGACGAGGUCUGGACUGUGACAAUACUGAUUACCCGACGAGGUCUGGACUGUGACAAUAUUGAUUACCUGACGAGGUCUGGACUGUGACAAUACUGAUUACCUGACGAGGUCUGGACUGUGACAAUACUGAUUACCUGACGAGGUCUGGACUGUGACAAUACUGAUUACCCGACAAGGUCUGGACUGUGACAAUACUGAUUAUCCGACAAGGUCUGGACUGUGACAAUACUGAUUACCUGACGAGGUCUGGACUGCGACAAUACUGAUUACCCGACGAGGUCUGGACUGUGACAAUACUGAUUACCUGACGAGGUCUGGACUGUGACAAUACUGAUUACCUGACGAGGUCUGGACUGUGACAAUACUGAUUACCUGACGAGGUCUGGACUGUGACAAUACUGAUUACCUGACGAGGUCUGGACUGUGACAAUACUGAUUAUCUGACAAGGUCUUGACUGUGACAAUACUGAUUACCUGACGAUGUCUGGACUGUGACAUUAUUGAUUACCUGACGAGGUCUGGACUGUGACAAUACUGAUUACCUGACGAGGUCUGGACUGUGACAAUACUGAUUACCUGACGAUGUCUGGACUGUGACAAUACUGAUUACCUGACGAGGUCUGGACUGUGACAAUACUGAUUACCUGACAAGGUCUGGACUGUGACAAUACUGAUUACCCGACGAGGUCUGGACUGUGACAAUACUGUUUACCUGACGAGGUCUGGACUGUGAAAAUACUGAUUACCCGACGAGGUCUGGACUGUGACAAUAUUGAUUACCUGACGAGGUCUGGACUGUGAAAAUAUUGAUUGCCUGACAAGGUCUGGACUGUGACAAUACUGAUUACCUGACGAGGUCUGGACUGUGACAAUACUGAUUACCCGACGAGGUCUGGACUGUGACAAUACUGAUUACCCGACGAGGUCUGGACUGUGACAAUACUGAUUAGGUCUGGACUGUGACAAUACUGAUUACCCGACAAGGUCUGGACUGUGAAAAUAUUGAUUACCUGACAAGGUCUGGACUGUGACAAUACUGAUUACCCGACAAGGUCUGGACUGUGACAAUACUGAUUACCUGAUGAGGUCUGGACUGUGACAAUACUGAUUACCUGACAAGGUCUGGACUGUGACAAUACUGAUUACCCGAUGAGGUCUGGACUGUGACAAUACUGAUUACCUGACGAGGUCUGGACUGUGACAAUACUGAUUACCUGACGAGGUCUGGACUGUGACAAUACUGAUUACCCGACGAGGUCUGGACUGUGACAAUACUGAUUACCUGACGAGGUCUGGACUGUGACAAUACUGAUUACCCGACCAGGUCUGGACUGUGACAAUACUGAUUACCCGACCAGGUCUGGACUGUGACAAUACUGAUUACCUGACGAGGUCUGGACUGUGACAAUACUGAUUACCUGACGAGGUCUGGACUGUGACAAUACUGAUUACCUGACAAGGUCUGGACUGUGACAGUACUGUUUACCUGACGAGGUCUGGACUGUGAAAAUACUGAUUACCUGACGAGGUCUGGACUGUGACAAUAUUGAUUACCUGACGAGGUCUGGACUGUGACAAUACUGAUUACCUGACGAGGUCUGGACUGUGACAAUACUGAUUACCUGACGAGGUCAGGACUGUGACAAUACUGAUUACCUGACGAGGUCUGGACUGUGACAAUACUGAUUACCUGACGAGGUCUGGACUGUGAUAACUCACAGUGGUCAAGUAAAGGUUGUCUCCCAUCAACAUAUUUUUGCAUUCCAAGGGUAAUUUGAUCUGCUGCAUAACUUGAACGACCCUUUUAAUUAUCUUCACUUCAGAUCAAACGGGCAAUAAUGAAGAGGUAUGUGGAUACCUCAUUAUCCUCACUAUAGACAAAAGUAUUAAUAAAGAGGUUUAAAGAUAAAA